AUUAAGCAUGGUAUUAGCAUACAGUGUUGUAGAACUAUGUAAUAGUUCUAACUGUUUUGGUUAAGAACAUACAAGUAAAUCAAAAGUGUGUUCUAGGUUUGGUUCUUUAGCUGCAUUAUUAAUAUUAACCAAGUACAAUCAUGAGGGAGGUUAUUAUGGUUGCAACUGCUGCUACACUUGGGAAUCUGUUGUUUGGAUGGGAUAGUUCAACCGUUGCAGGUGGAAUGAGAUACAUCAAACAUGAAUUCCACUUAGAAUCUGAUCCAUCACUAGAAGGACUAAUAGUAUCCAUGUCAUUUUUAACCGGAACAAUCGUAACGAUAUUCUCCGGCACAGUUUCCGAUAUGAUCGGAAGGCGUCCGAUGUUAAUAACAUCAUCUCUCAUGUUUUACUUUAGUGGUCUGGUCAUGUUGUGGGCUCCGAAUGUUCCGGUGAUUUUAUUUUCAAGGCUAUUGAGUGGAAUUGGAAUUGCAUUAGCCAUGACUAUAACUCCUCUUUACAUAUCUGAGAUAGCGCCGCCUGAUAUCAGAGGCUUACUCAACACUCUCCCUCAGCUUUCAUGCUCUAUGGGAAUGUUCUUGGCUUAUCUCUUGGUUUUCACUAUUUCCUUGACGGAAUUGCCGAGUUGGCGAGGCAUGCUUUCUGUGGUUUCUGUUUAUUCUGUAGUUUAUUUUUUUCUCGCCGUGUUUUAUCUCCCCGAAUCUCCUCCUUGGCUUGUCAGUAAAGGUAGAAUAUCUGAAGCUAAGAGAGUUCUGCAAAGAAUUCGCCUCGUUGAAGAUGUUUCAGGAGAAUUAGCUUUGUUAGCUGAGGGAAUGAAUCCUGGAGGUGAAUCCAUUAUUGUAGAAGAAUACAUAGUUGCACCAGCAAGUGAACUCAUUUCAUACAAGGAAGCAGGAAAAGAUUGUAUUAAGCUUUAUGGACCUAAUCAAGGAGAAGUUUCAAUGAUUGCGCAACAAGUAACUGGACAAGGUAGUGUGUUAACGCCCGAGGGAAGCAUGUUUUCCAAUGCUUCUUCCAAUCUUAAGGACAAUAUUGUCAAUAUAUUUGAAAGCAUGCACGGAAAUAUUCCCAAAAUGUCGAGUACAAGUCAUAUGGGAGAUCAAGAUAGUGACAACGUGCACGCUCUAUUACUUCCACCUCAAGGUAGUGCUAUGGAGAAGGACAAAAGUAAUGCUGGAGAAAUACCGAUGAACACAGACAUUGGUGGAGGUUGGCAAUUGGCUUAUAAAUCAAUUGAAGCGACGAAUGGUGAAGGUGGAUUGCAAAGGGUUUAUCUGCAUGCAGAUUCUAGUGCAGUGUCACGGCAAGGUUCUGCUUCAACCUCUUUUCAUGACUUGAAUGCAGAUCAAGAUGGUGAAACUUUUCAGGCAGCUGCACUUGUUUGUGAUUCAAUUCAUAUUAAUAAGGAUAUGAAGAUUAAACCAGAAUUUACUCCGAAACGUACAAGUUGGAAAGAUUUGUUAGACCCUGGUGUAAAAAGAGCAUUAGUAGUUGGAAUAGGGCUUCAAGUUCUUCAGCAGGUUUCUGGUAUAAGUGGAUUUGUAUACUAUGCUCCUCAAAUUCUUGACCAAGCAGGAGUUGGAGCACUUUUGUCAGAUUUAGGGAUUAGUUCAGCAUCUUCUUCUAUAUUUGUAAAUGUCAUAACAACAUUCUGCAUGCUUCCUUGUAUAGCUCUUACCAUGAGUGUGAUGGAUAUAUCAGGAAGGAGGUCAAUAUUGUUAUACACAAUACCAAUUCUAAUAGCAUCUCUCAUGAUACUAAUACUCAAAGACUUAUUUCACCUAAGUUCAACCAUGAAUGCAGCAUUAACAGCAAUUUGUGCUAUAGUAUAUGAAAGCAUAUUCUGCAUGGGUUAUGGAGUAAUACCGAAUAUUAUAUGUUCAGAAAUAUUUCCAACAAGUGUACGCGGGUUAUGUAUUUCGAUUUGUUCACUUACAUAUUGGAUAUCUACCUUGAUCAUCACUUCCAUAUUUCCAUUCUUGCUUCAAUUCCUUGGUACUACUGGUGUGUUUGGAUUGUUUGUUGCUGGUUGCAUUGCAUCUUGGAUUUUUAUUUACUUGAAAGUUCCUGAAACAAGGGGUAUGCCUUUAGAAGUUAUCGUUGAGUUUUUCGCUAUUGGUUCAAAGCCUGAAACGCGUUGAUCUGUCAUGCAUCACAAGAAUUCUCAUCACAAGAAGAAGCAGAGAGAGGAUAAAGAAGUAGCAUGAUAUGUUAUGCAACAUUCUGUAAGAUAUUUUAAGAAAAAUUUCUUUGAUACAUUGUAAUUUGUAUUGAUAUAUAAAUACAUUGUAUCAAUGUUGCAACAAAAGAUCAUCCGGCCUAGAGGUGUUAGCUGCUGUCUGUGAAUGUAAGGUUGCAAGAAUCGAGUUCGAGACACGAGGCUUGGGAAGCAAACAGACACACAUGCCACAAAUGUAACAUGUAAGGUUAUAAGAAUCGAGCUCAAGACACAACUCUUGGCAAUUAUUCUAAAUCAUUUCUCUUUCAUUUACAUCAAUUUAAAUCAUCUUAUAUUUCUCUAAUGAAUGAGUAAAGUGUAAGAAAAAAUUUAUAACUUAUUAUCAAAAGAUAAGUUUGUUGUGUUCUUGCAGUUUGUUGUGUUCUUGCAGGAAUUUGUUGCCCAGUCCAUUUGCAUUCAGUAUUUAUAAAUUGAUGGGGAGAAUCGAACUUAAAAGUUAGUGUGGAAACAGAGGCUAUAAAAUUUUCUAAGUGUAAUAUUCAUCACCACUCUCUUUGUUCGAGUAUUGCAUCAUCUUUCCAACAACAAAUAUUCCUAACAAUCUUUUAAGUUGGAUUAUUCUUAAUCAUUGGCUGCAUCAAAUAAAUAAAUGACUUCUAAUCUUGUGAAAUUGAAAAUAUUUGAUGCAGACAACUUCAUCUGCUUACGGAAAAAGAUGAAUUUCCUUCUUGGCAUUUUAAAAGUUAGAGAAGGAAGAAGAAACACUUAUAGCAAAAAUAGAUGCGAAAGUGUAACAACAAUGACUACAUUUGCACAUGGCAUAUCUUCAAGGCUAUGUGAGAAUCCUUGUUCCAUAUCCAUUAAAAUAGUCCAUUCACAAAAGAUUUAUGGGAUAAUCUAGAGUCAAGAUACAUGUAAGAGGUGAAGGGAAUUUGCUAUCUAAAAUGCAACAGAAAACAAAAAUUUUCAUUAAGUUGAUCCUUAUGAAUGAGUAUGAUCAGUGAUAAUUUCACUAUCUCAUGUGGUGAUUACUUGUUGAUACAGAAUCAGAAGAACGAUCAUGAGUGUUGAACAACAAUGCAUCUACUAAGUCCACAGGAAUAGAGUGUCUUUAAUCUCAGUGCUAGCUACUACGAAUGAAGA